GUGCGAACACGACACACGCAACACACCGACACGCGGCUCCAGGCAGCAGGACUCUCCAAAUUGCCUGCACUACCCACGGGACAGACCAGAACCCUCUCCGCCCAGCAGGAGGACGCACACGCCACGAUGCCUGGCCCUCCACCUCCCCCUCCGCCCAUGCCGCCCAUGGGACGAGGCGCUGGUGGACCUCCGCCGCCGCCGCCGAUGCCGGGAAUGAAGGCGCCGGGAGCAAAGCCGCCGUCUGGAGCAGGAAGAGGAGCACUGCUGGGCGACAUCACCAAGGGCGCGAGGCUGAAGAAGACGGUAGUGAACGAUCGGUCGGCGCCUCAGGUCGGGAAGGUCAAGGACGCGGCGCCAGUGAUUGGGGGCGCGCCACCUGUCCCAGGCAUGGGACGACCGCCUGCACCACCCGGGGGCCUUGCGCCGCCCGUUCCUGGAGGAAACCGAGCGAGGAGCAACAGCGAUACGGCAGGAGACAGUGGGAUUGCUGCGCCGCCGCAGCUCGGCGGCUUGUUUGCGGGGGGCAUGCCUAAGUUGAGGAAGGCCGGAGGCGUGAACACAGGUGCUGCCACCAAAUCGCCGUACAUGUCAGACCCAGAGACGCGAAACUCAGCGCCCACACCACCUCGAGCCGCAGCUCCAAAGCCGCCAGGCGCCCCGCCUCCUCCUCCAGGCGGCGCUCCUCCUGCGCCGCCAGUGCCCGGCGGAAGACCACCGCUCAAACCUGUUGGUUCGUUGGCUUCGAGCAUAAGCGCAAAGCCAAAACCACCUCCACCGAUCGGCAAGAAGCCACCGAUACCACCCCCGUCGUCUCGCAAGCCAUCUGGUAUGGCUCCCCCACCGCCAUCAGCGUCACCCGCUCGAGCACCGCCAAUCCCAGGAGGCGCACCGCCUGCGCCUCCUCCUCCUCCGCCUCCCUCCUCGACACCGUCAGCACCGCCGCCUCCACCUCCUGGCGCUGUACCUCCCCCUCCCCCUCCGCCACCUCCAUCGGCAGCACCCCGGGCUCCUUUGCGAUCUACUCCCCCUCCCCCACCGUCUGCGCCGCCGAGUAGACCACAAGAAGACGACGAUGACUACGAUCCAUACCGCUACGAAAGCUCGGGAUCUCGGUCACCCUCAACACCUGCGCCCCCACCACCUACGAACGGACACAUACCGUCUCUUGCAGAACAGGCCGCGAGAAACGCAUUUGGUCAAGGUCGUGCAUCGCCUGCUGCGCCGCCACCGCCGCCACCUAGCUCAGCGCCAGCGCCUCCGCCUCCAGCAGCGUCCAUACUACCGCCCCCGCCGCCUCCGAGUGCCCCGCCCAGUCGACCAGCAUCCCAAGCGCCAUCGCGAUCGACAAUGGACGCAAGCAUGUACACACUUUCGAACGGUGGUUCAGGCAUGAGGAGUCCAUCUGGCACGAUAAGUGCAGGUUCACCAGGACAGAAGGGUAAAAUUGUGCCCAUACACGACUUACGUUGGAGAUUCCAGCCCGAAAACUCCUUCCCUGCGCCAAGACCGUUCACAGGGGGGGCGAAGCGGUACCGCGCUGGACGAGGAAGCAGUGUACCGCUGGAUCUGAGCGCGUACGAAUAGGAUACUAAGCGCGAGAAAAGGCGUGGGGAGAACGUCAGGUGCAGCAAGAAGGAAUGAGUGGUCGUGCAUAUUGAUAUCAUUGUUAGAAGUGCAGUGCAAGCUUGAUAGGGCAGAUUAGCCGUGAUAUUUCGGCGAGAUGAGAAUUGGAGAAAUGGAUACCAGACUGACUUCUCAUAUCUUCUG